UCGUCUCCAGGAUCCAUUUUACAGAGCAGCUGCUGCCGGAGACAGAGACACUCCUAUCCCAGCUCAGCCCAGAGACGCUAAAAUGAUCCAGUCCAUCGCCAGCCUGAUCAGAGCAAAGAGCAAGCUGCUCCUCCUCGAGAACCCCGAUACCGUGGAAAUCUACAAGCUGCCUGAACUGGUUGGUUCCAAGAGGUUAGGAAAAGGGGACGUUUACCUUCCAGUCAUUCCCAAAAGGUCCUCCAGUCUGACCUCCAUCCCCAGGAGUCUGAGUCAGUCCUGCCAGUAUUUGUACGACAAACGAAGAGGAUCCUUCUCAUCAGUCACAUCUCAGAGGACAACAGGGCACGUCGAAAAGCAGAACAAGCUGAAAGCUCAAAAAGAGACAAAGAAAUCGAACGUGACUGUGACGAUGACUUAUUUGGGCCAGAGCCAUCGAGGUUCGGGUUUAAACUCGGCUCAGGAUGAACUGAAGGUGCUUCAGCAGAUAAACGGAGGGGAGAACCUCUGUGUCUUUAAAGACCUGGUAACUCCAGGAGAGCAGUUCCGGUUUGUGUCUCAGAGACAUAGAGGUUUCCCUUUCAGCGCCACGUUUUACAUCAACGGCCUGAUGGCGAUGAGGAUCAGCUCCUGCUGCGAGUACCGCUACUCUCCCGGCUUUCAGCAGGGCAGGAAGAGCUGCUUCAGGCUGACUUGGCUGGCUGGUGGGAUGCCCUGUUACAGAUGUACUAGUCUUCGAAACAAAUACAGCUCCUGCCAGCAGCUGAACAACGGCACAAAGGAAAACUUAAUUCUCCCUCUUGAGCAGAACACUGGCAACGACAACAUCGAGUCGUCGUCCCCUCUCUUUAUCCCGGCCAAACCUGAGAAAAAAUCCACGAGGAGGACAAGAAAACACAUCAAAGAGGGAGGAUCCACUGACAGCGAGGACCACGUCGAAGCUAGAUUGAAAGAAACCUCCAAAAAGAAAAGACGCAGGGGUCAAAUUAAUCAGAAGGGGAGCAAAGGCAGGACAGCUGGAAGUAACAAGGGGGAGGACAGGCGAGACGGCGAGGGCUCAGAGAGAUCAGCAGUGACAGAGAAAUCUGAAGGCCGGCCCGAAAAAAAACAACAGAAACACUCGAAAACAGCCAACAAUGUCGCAGCGCCGCAGACGGAACCGCACCCAUCAAACAAAAACCAAAAGACUCCCAUUUCAUUGCAGGAGGAGAAGGUGCUGACUAAGCAGAACAUAGAGAAACAGAAAAACCUGGAAUCAGACGGGAAGAACAGGGAGAUGGAAAAAACGAAGGAUUUCUAUAAAGAAUGUGUGGAAAUGAGCGCCGAGCUGAACAAACACUGGUUCAAGGCAAACAUCCUGGAGAGGUGCCGGCUCCAAAAGAGGCUGUCGUCGUGCCCCAAAGACCAGGCCUCAGAUGUGGAGCUCAGCGCAGAAAGUGACACGGCGCCGCAGCCUGAGGAGGAAGCAGGCACCGCCUGCCAGAAGCCCGGUGAGGAGGAGUCUGUGGAGGAGCAGGAUCUGCAGGCACAGCUGGACGCCAUGAUGAAAGUGUUGAAAACGUCCGAUGAGGUGGAGCAGCUGGUUCUGAGGAACACGGGCCUGACAGACGACCUUCUCCUGAGCCUGGCAGGGGUCCUGAAGAGCAGCUCGUCCGAAGUCACGCUGCUCAACCUUAACCUCAACCUCAUCGGCCCCUUCGGCGCUCACAUCCUGCUGGACGUCCUGCGAGUGAAGCCGCUGGUGCAAAGCCUACACUUGUUUGGAAACAAACUGCGUGACCACGGAGUCCUGACCCUUCUGACGGGAGUGGCUGAGCUGCAGGAGCAAACAGCCCAAGCUGCCGUGGCCAUCCACCAGGCCCUGCUGGUCCCAUCAGAGCAGGCUGCACUGCAGCAGCUGACCCCCGGGUGGAGCUCUUUCAGGGUUUUCACCCUUCUGGAGCUGGACAUCGGUGGGAACGGCCUGAGCGGCGACGGGGUCAAGGUGUUAGCGUCCUACAUGAGAUCCCACUCCCACCUGCGGUACCUCGGGCUGGCGCAGACUGGCGGCGCCGAUCUGGCGGCGUGGAAGGAACUUUUCGACAGCCUGAAAGGGAACAGCUCGCUGGCUCAGAUCAUUCUGGAUGAGAACAACCUGGGCGACCCCGGGGUCCGGCUGCUGGCGGACGCUCUGAAGGAAAACGCCAGCCUGCAGCAAGUGGACCUCGACAGGAACGACAUCAGCGAUGUGGGGGGGAACGACCUCAUGGGGGCGCUGCUCUGCCGGACGCAGUUCCCGUUGAGGCAUCUCAGCCUUUCGGAGAACAACAUCAGCGCAGGGUUGAUGAGCAGGAUCCAGGAGGAAGUGAAACCCGCAGAAGAAGCACUUACGCUGUAAAAACACGAGAAUCGUCUGUGUUUGUGAGGAACAAAGUGACUCAUUUGACUUGUUUGGCCUUCAAAGACUCGCUCACACAAACACCUCUGCCUUCCUAUAGGUGGGUGGCCCAUAAGACACAUCAGUGUUUAGUUCAUGCAGGUGUAGGAGUUAUGUUUGCUUUAGAGCUGCGCUGCGGUCUGGAGGCUUUUUCAUUGAAGUAUCAAUGAACUGAACCUUUCUUCUGUGUGACGAGGUUACAUCUCAGCCUUCUUCUUCUUCUUCUUCUUCUUCCCACCAACGUUCCCCUUCGCGACUCCACACCUACCGCACUAAAGCUGACUCAGCACGGAGCUCACUGAUCCCUCUGUUGCCUCAUUGAAUAAUUUGCUGUCUCUUGACAAAAAAAUUAGAAACCACAAUGAGUCACAGCACCCACAGCAUUUACGAAUGGACGGCCUAAAUCCACAAGAGCACAACAGCAGCCAUCGACAUAUCGCCUUUCUCCACUCCAAACCAAAAAUAAAUAAAGAAAUCAAAAUACUGCUGAGUUGUGACAUGUCGGCUACCUUCAUCCUUCAGACAGUGCUCUUAUUCAGAGUGAGAACGAGGAAAAAAAGAAGGAAAAAAAGGAAAGCUGGAGUAAAUUCAUGUGAAUUUCAAGACCAUCGUCUCAUUGUUCUAUCAUCACAGACAUUCUGAGAAUAACUGUACCUCUGAUCAAAGCUUGUCAAAGUGCUACUUAUCUGCUUUUCUCAGAGCUGCCAGGAGUGAUUCCACUGAAGCUAACCAGCCGUAUUUCAUUGGCAGUCAUCGUAAAUUCCUUUCUGUGGAACCCUGAUAAAAUAAAUGAAUAAAUAAAUAAAUAAAACGCUGCCCUCACCACCACACGGGAUGACAGAUAAAUCAAACUGUUUCUUCACGUAGAUCACAUCUAUACAAGUUAUCCUGCCUUGCUGUUAGACCGAAGAAUCUUCUGCGGCAAAAUAAAAGCAAUUUAUAGUCUUUGUGAA